AUGAUAGCGAUAUCGGCGGCGCCCGUAAUGGGCGGACAUCACGGGGGCCGCAGUUAUAUCAAUAUAAUCAAGAGUGUAAUCGCUUUUAUUAGUACCGUUCCCAUCAUAUACUGUCAGACAGCCGACCGAAACCCAACUUUCCUGCGAGUGGGCCCAGAAAGCCCUCCCAAACCGGUACUAUAUCUCGCGAGUGACUCCCAUUCAGUGCCCCCAUUGGGGACCUCCGACUUUGUCCGCCAUUUCGCCCGUCAAACGAGUGGUGAAAAUGCGAAAAAUUUUGGCCGUUUGACCGAAACUGACGGCAAUAUUGGCGCUACUGUUGUGAGACGACUGCCCCUAAUAGACGGGCCCGACGUGGAGGACCCCCACCACUCGCACCGCAAUUUUGUGACGGCUAAUGAAAAUAUGUAUUAUGCCGUCCGGACACCACCAGCCCAUGAGAUACAGGCGCCGGUGGUCGGACACUAUCAUAGCUCCUACGAGGGUAGGAAUAAAGGGAAACUGUAUUUAGGG